AAUUGUUAUGCUAACUAUUUUCUUGUUGUUGUUUUUGUGUUUUUUUUUUUUAAAUAAUAUUUUUAUCAUUAUUAUUAAUAUUUUUUUAUUUUCAAUUUUUUUUUAUAAUUUACUUUUCAAGUGUACGAAGUUGCCGUUACGCACUUACGGUUUUUACUUAUCAGCAUUCUGCUGGUUCGUGGGGGAAGCAAAGUUGAGUGAGUUACGUCAGUCUUUCGAUAAAAAAACAUGCAAAUAAGCUCACUUGUUUGUUAGAGGCAAUAUCUGAAGGCUGAGUCGGUUAAGGUUGCUUUACUUUGCUCCGAUUUACUUUGAAAGCUAUCAAAAGCCGACAAAACUGUGCCAAUUUUAACAAACUUUAAAUAUGAUAUAACAAAAUGAAGUCGCUUUCAAUUGUUAUCUUUAUUUGAGUCGUAGCUAAAGCCAAAAUAGCAAUAUUUUCGAAAGAAAGCUUUCAAAAUUCUACUGUCUUUCUCCUUCUUUUUGUUUGGAACUAAGCUCGAGAAAAAUAUGUGAAACAACCUUUCAUUUUAAAAGUUAGCGCUUAGUCCAAACACUAAGUGUAGUCAAGUCCUUCCUUAGUUUUGUAGAAUCCCUUUACUUGCAGUUGUAUAGUUUCAAUAAGUUGAUUUCGUUAUCAUAAGAAACGUGGGUCGGGACUUAGAAAUACAAGUUUUAGAUUAUGUAUGCAUGGCAUAUUCUUGAUAUGAACAAGUCUGGGCAAACAGCACAUUAAAGCAGUAGUAUCCUAACAAAAUAUUAUUAUUUUUUAUGACCUUGGUCAUCAGAUCGAUUUUAUCCUGCUAACAGGAAGAUUUAUUGAUCUUCAAACUCCUAUAAGAUCUGAGCGAAUGGUGAAACACUAUUCACAGAGCAGCCAUUAGCAUCUACAUAUAUUCCCUACCUAUGAAUAGGGUCUUCGGUGUCAAAUCGCCAUCAGUGGCAGAAGAAGAGCUUGAGCUGUCUCAUGAAGCAAUUGACUGUCGUACAACUUCGUGCUAGAUAAACCAGAUCAACUUUCAGAUUAGACACCGCAAUUAGUCCCCGUUUGACAUUUAACACACUUCUUCUUACGGUCUGACCUCGUGGAAACAGCACGUUUCUUUGUCCUCCAGUAUAAUAAUUAUUUGCACUUUUCCUCCAAACAGGCUUUAGAUAUCCGUUAUAAAAACAACAUCGUCAGACUACAACCCCGCCCACUCACACUUAGCCUUUCGAAUCCUGUUUGUUUAUGCCGUUUAUGUGUUGGAAGCCGAACAAAAAUCUUUAGAUGUUUUGAUAUGGUCUACAAAGGUUCACCCUGCGGUGAUGGGUGCAGAACAACCCCGUGAUAAGGUAUGCCUGUCGUAAGAUACGACUAAAAUAUAUUUCUUGGCUUGAACUACAAUUAUAUUACCUUUUUGAUAAGGCACUCUUCCUAAGAAUGGUUUUCUACCUAUCAAGAAGGGCAAUUUGUUCAAGCCACAAUUGUCCACCAGUGCAGAGCAGUAUGGAAAGGCUCAACAGGUGGUAGCUUCGUCUACAAGGUCUUACCAAAGACUUUAAAUCUGGUACCACAGGGAGCAGGAGCCCUGAGAGCUUAGCUUCUACCCGCUCAAUGGGUUGGCCCUUCGGGGAGUUACGUGGUAGGUGUGGUUUCAAAGCCAAAAAGCACGGCAGAGGCCACCAAGGUGGCAUAAGUGUGACCAUACCACACGCCAAUUGGUACUGAAGGUGCAUAGCAACAUCAGGGCGCUGAUCAACGCAUUGCAUUGAACCGAUGUGUUUUUGAGCACCUUGAGGUUAGGCCGUCGUCGACAGGUACUCACGUUAAUCAAAAUCACUAGUUGUCUACCAAGGUAUUAUAUUCUAAAUUGGUCUCGGACAGUAUUUGAAUAAAAUGAUCCCCCUCUAACGACUUUGCUACGACUGCUAACUUAUUAGUCAUCAGUAUAGAAAUGCCUCAAGAACUGUUUGCUUAAUCGAUUACAGCAACGGCCUUGGGAUUGCAAUCUUUACACCCAAAAAGUGAUCCAAUUUGUAUAGCAUAAGGUACAUAUACAUACUUACAAAGCUAUUAUAAUAUUAAUAGUACAAAAUUUAGUCGCAUAUAAAAUUGGGUUAGGUACAUAAUGCAUAUAGACUUGUAAGCAAUACAACAAUAUUUCACUAGAACUAAAUAUUUACAUUAUAUAAGUAAAAAUUGGUAAUCGCAGUUCGAACGUCUUCAUUGAAUGGCGAGAUUAAAAGUUACUUAUUUUCCUUUGAAACGAAACUGGAACAAUUCCCAUGAUGUAAUCAACAUUUAUUUACAAUAAAAGACUAAGUGAGACAGAUCACAAAGUCUUUGGAUUACGCAGUUAUAUACACGUAUGUAUACUUAUAUGAAAGAUUAUAGAUGACGACAGUUGAGUUUCAAAAAUAUUGAAAAUAUACAACAUCGAAAUACUAAUUGAAGUUGGAAGGUUAACUGGCGCCUUCUAUCAUUUUAAAAAUGAUUAUCUUAUAAAUAUUUCCAUGUAUAAAGUAGCAAUUGAUUGCUAAGAAGUAACCUGAUUAGUCGAUUAUAGCGGUAAUAAAAUAUAUAAACACCUUUAUCAUCACACUAAAGUUGACUUAUUGAGUAGCCGAUUCUACAGUAGAAGAAUUACCGUAUUACAACCAUAAGCAUUCUAUUAUUAAAUUGCUUGACAAUGUCUGAUUAUAAUCUUAUCUCAGUAAAUACCUUGAAGUAAUCGAUCAUAUCAAGCACUUGAGCGGUAAACGGUCUGUUACACAUACAUCCUCAAAUAAGUGAAUGCAAUUUGCAAUAACAACAAAAUUUUACUUUCACACAUUUUCAUUGCCUACAUCUAGGCGCAUAAUUUUAGUAACGAGUAGGCAUCAACAUUCGCUGUUAUCAGGUGUAUGUUAAAUAACAGAAAAAAUGCCAUGAAUUUUAUUGUAAAUUAACAUUCUCUGUAAGUGGUAAUUUUUUACAGCUGCGUGUACAUAAAAUGCAAUGUUAAGUAUAAUUGAAAAAUAUAUUCAAUUUCUUCAUAAAAAAUUCAAAAUAAGAACUAUAACAAUAUGGUAUGUGUAUUAAUCUCAUCUUCCACUUGUAUUUAAACAAUAACGAAUGCAAUUAAUUAAUUUGUAGCUUCAUUUAAGUCUUAUUUUCAAGUAUUUCUUGUACAUUUGACGAUGAUUUAUGACUGCUUGCUGUGAAUUGGUGUCUCAAACGCAAAAACAAAUUUAAAAUUUUUUGUACAAAUAUAUAUCUGGUGGAGGUUAUACUCUUAAAUUUUAACAAUUAAUUUUUGCUUACCUUCAAAAGUGUCUUUCCAAAAAGGCCUAGAAAGAGAUGAAAAAUAAGCAAAUUAGUUAUAAAUCAAUUUAAAUUAAAUAAAUUGUUGCUACGAAUACCGGUAGUUAAUGAUAUUAGUAUGUAAAUUAUUACUCAUCAUUCCUUUAUAAGAUGGAAUGAUUUUAAAGUUGAGACCGGAAAAACUACUCAGUGAAAAUUUCAGUACUUAAAGUAAUGAAAUGUAUGCAGUUCCUAAAUAAAUUUGGGUGGUUUUCCUGAGAAAUGCGGUAAUAUUUAAGGAAUUGGAACAAGGACUUUUGAAAACCUACAAUUCCACGCAACUUCUAUUUUGGUAUACGUCGAUUACAUAUAGUAAAAUAUUGUUUUUAUUGAAGAAAAAAUUUCCGCUGAUAACGUAACCAAACAGAGUCAAGUCCAUUUAUUCAAAGGAAGUCCUUCGGUCACUACCAAUACUUCUAAAAUGUCUUCCAUAUUGAAGACAGCCAUGUCCAUGAGCUAAAACACUUCUAUAGAUUUUUCUUUUAUUAAAUAUUUCGUUCUUGGUGGCUGCUCUUAGUUAUUUAAUAUAAAUCUACAGCUUUUUGUGAGCUUUGGCAUGUUGAACAAUAGUCCUCUAAGCUACUUUGUCUAUUGUGGUCUCUCUCCAGUUUUCCAGUCGGAGCUUAUUUAGAUCUUCGUUUAAUUUGUCCUUUCUUUUUCAUCUUAGGCCCUCUUGUUUUGCCGAUGAAUGCUCACGCGUCCACUACCUUCUUUUGGGAUCUUGAAUUAUCCAUUCUUGUAAUACAAAUUUUUCGUAAUUUUCGAUAUUCCAUCUUAUCCGCCAUUCAUUAGGACCGAUUCUAACUGUGUUUUUUGCUUAUUGUUCAAGUUUCAGCUCCAUAUCACAAGACUGGUCGUACUACGGUUCUAUACAGGGCUAGUUUGCAUGGAGAGAGACUUAAAUUGUCGUAAUUUUCGCUGAGAUAUAAAUAAUAACGAUAGUUCAAGAUUCAUUGUUUUUGACCACAUGAUCGCCAAUAUCAAAUAAAUCGUGAAUUCAGGUGUUGCUCGUGGCAAGAAUCAAUUCUAAAAGUAAGUAAGAAAAUCUUCUAAAAUUUCGAAAAGACCGUCAACCAAUCCUUGGCGCCUAAGUAUCUAGCAGAACUUCAAACUCGGGUUAUUAUAGUUAUAAGCUAAACCGGAAUAUUUUGGGCUGUUUGACUGACAGUUUUAGCUUUUCUUACGUUUCUAAUUCCUAAUUGAUCUAAACUGUCCAUAAAAUUGUCACACUUUUGUGGUUAAGAAACGAUCUUCACGUUUUAAGAGAAGAAUGUAGCAUGAAAUUUUCUGUCUUUUUCUGCAUCAGCAUUGCUCUCUCCAUUAAAGUCGGAGCUAACAGCACUUCAAAAAACAAAUUCGUAUGAUAAUGUAAUGAUGCUUCUAGAGUGCACCUAAUAAAAAGCACUAUUUAUGAAGUUAGAUUAGAGUUUUGAAAGAAGUUCUAAGCUAUUUCAGCAUGAUCGGCAUAGUAAAGGAAAGUGAAAAGAUUUAGAAUUACAAAAGAACAUCAUAAAAUCUUUAAAUUUUAUCAAAAGACAUUAGUUCCAAGUUUGUAAGUAAUUUACAUGAUUUUACUUAACAAAAAUCAGAAUUUUCCGCUUCGAAGUUUUUGUAUAAAACCAAGUGCAAGGCCAUCGGAGAUAGUAGUAUAUUUUCGGAAAGAUGCAUGGGAGCACAAUUUCAUUUCUACUUCUGGUGAUUUCUGCGGCUUUUGUGGUGACGCAAGGGGAGUAUCCAGUAAAGAAAAAUAUUGCAGAGACAGCAGCGGUAGAAGGACGCGCAGUUGUUAAGAAGGAUUUGAGUGAAUUGACUGAAAAGGAGCAAGAACUAUUGGCAAAUAAUGCAAACUCUACAAGCGAUGCAGAAACAGUUAACACAACGGUUGAAGCUGCAAUCGAAGCAGACACAGAUACCGUAACAGUUGAGGCUGAGGAGGUCAAGAAUACUACAGCUAAACAGGAAAACUUAAAGCCGAAACAGCCAGUAGGUUGUGAACAUGCUGCCGGAAAACCCGAACUUGAGCAACAACGAGAGCAAUUAAUUGCAACACCGAAAUUUCAUCAUGGCGGCAGUAAACCAUAUGUACAGUUAGUUGUGCCCACACAAUAUCCCUAUACGACAAGAUCACCACAUCAUCAUCACUAUCCUGGUUAUGGUGGAGAUUACGGUUAUGGCGGUGAUUAUGGUUAUGGCGGUUAUCCUGGUUACGGCGGUUAUCCUGGCUAUGGUGGUUACCCGGGUUAUGGCGGUUACCCUGGUUAUGGCGGCUACCCGGGAUAUGGUGGUUACCCUGGCUAUGGUGGUUAUCCGGGUUAUGGUGGUUACCCAGGCUAUGGUGGUUAUCCGAUAUUUAUUUACCCCAAUGGCACGAUUGCCAACUUCCCCUUUCCACGCAACCGCGGUCUUAAUCUGGACUCACAAAGAACUUUAAAUAUACCACAAUUUCGCACCGUAGCACCGAGAACCACCACUGUGGCAAGUGUAGUGAAAGAAAUUAGCAAAGAAGAAGAGUCGCUGCCAACAUUCUUUCGUUUAUUGAAUUUUGGAAAAUAAAUAAACUCGCAAAGUUGCGAGCUUCGACGUAAAGCUUUUUGUUUUUAUUCGCUUAAAAAAAAGUGAUCUCAAUGAACAUUUGGCAUUUGCAUUUGUUUAUGUUGUUAAGAAAAGGCGCAAAAACUCGUAUUGAACGGAACAAUUGGUAUUCUCUGACUUUGUUUAUUGCUCGGCUGCGCUGACUCACAAUGAGACAACACCGAGGUUGGAUAUUCACAUCUGCGAAUUUUAUGGACAUGCUCGUAUGUAAAUGUCUAUGUGCCGCUUGUAGUGAAAUAUCGGGGUGAGCCACUUUAUUAUGUGUGAAUAUGCGAGUAGCUGGCGCAUUACUCAUCCUGAAGUCAGCCAAGUUUGAAACGUGUAAUGAAUACAUUGCGCGCGUACUCGUUUUUAUAGCCAAUAUUUUAUACUUUUAUAAUAUUUGAAAGCUUCUGUUUUUUAUUUUGCUAAGACACGUCAGAUCUUACAUAGCAGAAAUGUGUAAAUAUUUGCGUUAUUCAAAAGCUGGAGAUUACUAAUUUUUGAUUUAAACCUGUCCCCUUUUACAUCCCACAGACGCUUGUCAGACCUACAUGCGGGUUUAUAAACUUUCACCAAAAUUUUGAACAAAAAACUAUACAAAUAAAUGUCUUUUCAAGUGUAGAUAACUUAAUUUACUUUGAAAUCUUAAACAAUUCUUUGGUGAAUCAUAGAGAACUUUUACAGCCUUUAAAAAGGCACGUUAAAGUAAAUAUCGCAAUAUACUUAUAAAACUCAGAGUUACCUUAAAAGAUAAAUAGUGAUAGUGAUGUAGACUUUAGAAGCAGAAUUUGACAUAAAACUUGAAAACCAUUACUUUCUUAAAAUAUGUUUGAUUGUUUUCUUCAAUUCGAAAUUUUCUUGAGCAGUUUCUUUUUUACUAAGGGUUAUUUUUUCAAAAAUACAUAUUUUUAGUUCCAUUCAGUGUAGCAUAUCUCAAGUUUUUAACUCUUGAAGUCUUUAAGAUCUGCUUUUCUUUAGCGACAAUAUCUUCUUUCGAAUAAUACUACUGAGUGGUUUCUGGAAACCGAAAAUAGUCAGGAGAGAGAAAAUAGUUCCAGUUUGACAACUGUAGAAUACCUUUGCAUUCUAAAGCGGUCGAAUUUGGAAGUAUUCUCUCCCUUUCAAUUCACCAACCGACUUAGAAAACAUCUGACAUAUCUUUAUCAUACAGCAAAAACUGAUAAUACAAACUCAUAACUGUACAUUUUAAACCCAGUUUCGGUACUCGACUUUUUCAAAAUUGUUCUGAGAAAAAAUAUACAACAGAUCAGCUUUCAAAAUAAUUACAGUUAGAGAAAUAUGUAUCGAAAAAACGAAAGCACAAAUUCUAUAGCAAAUGCUAUGUUUCUUCUUAAAUGAAUUUUUAAAUAAAAAUUGGCACCAUUUUAUACAUAUUUAUAAGGUGGUAACUUCAAGUACCCCAGUAUAAUGUAGAAGAUCAUGAAUGAAUUAGUUUUUCUUAUCAUGAAAUAUUUUGUCUUAAAGAAAAACAAAGAAGAAGUACAAAAAUGGUCUGAGACGGUUCAGUCGGUAGAGAAAUUCUGGAAAUAUAGUUUGAAGAAUGAAUUACAUGUUUUAUAAAACAAUAUAUUUCCUAGUACUUAGUGAGCUACCCUAAUAUAUUAGUGAAAAUAUGCAAUUUUAUUAGUAAGCAAUACUUUGGACUAACACUUGAGUGUACUGCAUGAGCCCUUAAGAAUUUUAUCAGUAAACAAACAGACCACUUCAUACGAUUGAUCACAUGUUUUGGAGCACUCUACAUAUGGAAGUCUAUAAACGUUUUUGAGUAUGCCCAGUUUACCAAGUUGCACUUUCUAGUCCUUUUUCAUUGAUUUUCUAACUGUAAAAUAUAUAAUCAGAUACCGCUGAUAGCAAAGCUGGAGAUCACGCUUAGCGAUAAAUAAAGGAAUGUACUUUUUGACGUAAUUUCAAAGUAGAAGAAUGUACAGAAAUAUAGGGAAACUUUCUCAGGAAAGUUAAAUCUUGAUGCCAUAUCACAAAUCAGCAUACCCUAAUGCACAGUCACUUAUUGUUUUUUUCGUAAUAUACGUGAUAACAGUGUUAUGUCAUUUUGGAAUAUUAUCAUACUUUGUUUUUUUUUGUCAUUUUGUUUGCGUCUCACUUUUAUUGGAUUUUUAAUUAAAAAGCUUGCCUUCAAUUGAUGCACAAAUCACAUUUGAAUUGUUUUUAAUUCCAAACUCAAGCUGAGAGCAAUCAAUUUAUGUUUCUUUCUUUCAUUUUCGUAUGAUCAUACAUGCCAAACAGCUUUCGAAUACAAAUGUUUAGAUAAUGAAUCAGUCGCAAGUUGUUAUGCGCAUAAUUGUGCGGUUUAACAACAGACAAAGUAAUAUGUAAAUAUCUGUACAUACAUAUGUAUGAAGUAUAUAUUUUCUAUAUAAGUAAGACUGCUUCAAAGUUUCUAUUCUUAUGCGUAAUAUUGCUAAAUUAUCAUUCAAUGUUAUAACACAUAAUUAGUAUGCAACCACAUCAUACCGAUCUUGGAACUUGUAAAGCUGUUGAGGUCGUUGUCAUUUUAGCAAUUAAAGCUUUAAUUAUCACAUUUUCCAAAAAAUAAAUAUUAGAAAUGCAUCAUGUUUAAAUUUAGUGGUACUUUGCACGAGCUUUCGAAUUUCUCCUAACUAUAGAUAUACUUCAAGUUUUAUUGUCCGAUUGAAAAAUUACAGUGAGAUGGAAUCCUAAGAAACUCAGUUUCAAUCCCCAGUUUCAAUCAGUUCCUCAAUCAAUUAAUUCUGAAGGGAAUCAAUUAUUUUCAAGAUAUAGACUAAGCCGAUAUAUUUUAUAUAAACCAUUUCGUCCGUAGAUAUUUCUGGCUGUUAGAUAUUCAUUGGUCUGUGUUUAGAUAUACGAAGAGCUUUAGUUUUUGUAAACGAUACUGUGUUCCAAUUCAACGAUAGAUCGCCACAAUAAGAACCUCUUGAGUUCACAAGGAGGUUUUAAUAAUUAAAGAAUGCUCAAAACCCUUUCAUUUCUUAGAAGUUUUUUUUUAUUUUUUCCGGAGAAUUUAAUUUUCGGAACGAAUUGUGAGGGAAAUAUCUCUUGUGAGGGUCAUAAAUAUCCGCACUAGCCUCAUCACUUUCGAAUCGUUGUUAUUCUUAAAAAGGUAAUUUACUCGACUGGUAGUACAAAGUUUAUUGGCAAUGUGAUUGACUCUAAAGUUAUAAAUCCUAGAGUACGUAGUCACUAGAAAUAUACUAUGGCCUUGUAUGAGCCUCAGACAAUCGUUCGAUAUGCUCAGUUUUUAAACUCUCGCAACAAAGUUGUUUUUACUAGCUUUCAGACCCAUUUCAUUUUCGUCGGAUGAAGUCACAAGGACCAGUAAGCUUAACUAAAAUUUAAAGUUAUACUCAGAUUACUUUCUUUCGAGGAGUCUUUAAGUGACUUAGCUCCAAAGGUUACCAGAAUAACUCUCGGAUUAGCUUCCUGGCUGUAGGCGAGACCCUAUUUCUUUACUUAAUCAAUUAUUUAAACUGAAGUUAUUCUUGUUAGAGCUCUUAGUGAAUAAGAUAAAGGUUACAAUCGAUGAAGAACUUCUGUUCAAAUAACCUUUCAUUGAAUAUUUCUAAUAUUUUGUAGCAUGGUGUAAAAGUAGAAAAUUACGGUGUGUACUUUAUCUGUCUGGUGUAAAUUUUAAUUGUUAUUAGUCUAAUCUUAAAUUUAUAACAUUUACGAUUUUUUUAUUCCGAACGUGGACAUUUUACAUAUUAGAACUUAAAGAAGUCGUAAAUUAUUUGGAACAAAGUUGCCGCUUCUUAUCGCAAACUCAUAUGACCGACCCAUUUGUGACUAAUUGUUGAGGGUA